GUUGCGAUUUUCGAUUCCAUUUAAAGUUUUUAUUGAAUCAUCAUUUAAUUCAUCUUAUAAAUUUACUGUAUAUUGUAUACAUUUUUUUUUUGUAAUAGUAAUUUUGUUUUCAAUUUUUAUAAAUGAAAUUGUGAUGAAAUUUCAAGAACAUUCAAACCCAGCAAAUGAUACAACUGUUGGUUGUCUACACGGAUUGACGACAUUUACUCGGUUGUAUACACUUUCAUUAGUUGAUGGUUGUUUUUCAAUUACUGAUCUUCGUUUAAUAUUCUUAGAGAUUCUUUAUAGUAUUAUAAAUUUUGUGAGCUUUGAUCCAUUUCAAGUAAAAAUAUUUAAUUCAUUAGUGUUUUUUGAGUGCGUUCUAAUUUUAUUAUUGAUAUUAGUUUGGACAAAGUACAAUAAAGACAUUUAUCAACGAUUUUUACUAAGUGAUAAAAUUGUUGAUGAAUUGAAAGAAGACGUCUCACAUUUAAAGUUACCGAAAUCAUAUACUCCCAGAAUAUGAGUGAUAAACUAAAAAAAUUUUUUCAAAAAAAAAAAGCUGAUGUUAAAUUUAAAAGAGCUGGACCCGGUCAUCGAUUAGAUGAAGACACUGCACAGAAAAAUAUAAAUAAAGUAGGGGAGACUUCUCGAUCUUGUCGUGUUGAACCUACAGAUGAAGCAAAACAAGCAGCUGCAGCUGCUUUGGCUAGAUUUGAGAAUAAGAAGUCAUCUAAUUGUCCUAUUAAUACAUCUUUGGCUGCAAUAAAAUCAAGAGCUAGGAGAGAAUUAGAAGCUGAAAAAAAAAAUGAAAUAAUUUCUGAUAAUUCAUCAGUUUUAGAAACAAUUAAUAUUACAAGUGAAGUUUCUGGUUCUUUAGCUGCUAAUGGAGUAUUUUUCCAAUGUCCUAUGAUAGGUUUAGAAGUUUUAUCAGAACAGGAAUGGCAUGUGAAAAUUGAAGAAUUUAUCAAAGAACAGAUGAAAGAUGAUCCUAUGUUACAAUCAAUUUUGCUUAUACAAAAUUCUAAUCAGGAUAGAACUAAGGUUGAAGAAUGCAUUAAAUUACUGGUUACUUAUGCAGAAAAUAUUAUUAAAAAUGUUGACGAGGAAAAGUAUCGUAAAAUAAGAAUAUCUAAUAAGACAUUCAUGGAAAGAGUAUAUCCAAUUAAGGGAGCUUUGGAGUUCUUAGAAUCUAUUGGGUUUGUGAGAAAAACUAUUCCCUAUAAAGAUCAACUAGAAGAGUUUUUAAUUUUCCCAGAAGAUAGUUUACAAAAUUUAGCUCUAGUUCAAACUAUGGUAGAUGAUUUACAGUCUGCAGAAAGAAUUCAGUUAGUGUUGGAUAGAAAUGUUAAAGUUUUGUUGCCAUCACAAGCAUCAAAAAAAGUUUCACUUCCCUCAGAAUUCUUUAUAAUGACCCCAGAAGAAAUAAAAGCAGAACAAUUGAAAAGAACUGAAAAUUUGGAAAAUGACAUGAUUCUUAAAACAAAAAAUAUGCGUAUGAAGGAGCAAAAUAAAAGCAAAUUCAACUAUAAAUACUGUUUGAUUAGAGUGAAGUUUCCAGAUUGUUUGAUUCUACAGGGAACAUUUAGUGUCAAGGAACAUUUUUCUGAAGUGAUAGAAUUUGUGAAAGAAAGUGUUUUUGAUGAAGAAAAAGAUUUUAAAUUAGCAUUACCUGCUGGAAAAACUUUUGAUAAAAAAGAAGAAAACAUGAGCUUAAUGGAAAUGGGCCUAGUACCAGCUUCUAUUCUUUUGUAUAAAAGUGAUAUUCCAGAAAGUGAUUAUGAACAUCCUUAUUUAAAAGAUGAUAUUAUGGCCUUGGUACAGGAUAUUAUUUAAUCAUGAAAUUUAUGUGAUAACCUAUUAAAUUUAUAUCUUUCAUCUUAUAACAUAAAUUCAUUGUUUGUUAUCAAUUUAAUAUUUAAUAACUUACCAUAUAUAAUUUUAUUAAUGGUUCAAUAAUUCUUCAAGUAUUCUUAUUUAAGAAAUUAAAAAAUAAUUUUAAUAAUAUUUGUACAAAAAUGUCAAUUCUCUAAAUAAAUGAAGUAUUGAUAAAAAUA